GCGAGCAGUGGCGAGCGGCGCGGCGGCGGCGCCGGCGGUGAGGCGGUGGGUCGGUGACGCAGCUCCCGCGCCCGCGCGCUGCUUCAGCGCGGGAGUGCUCGUGUGCCGGCUCGGGCUCGACACCGAGCGCCGCACCUCAUUGCAGCCGGCUCACUCGUAUAAAGCGGAGGCCCGCGCCGCCCGCGCGCAGUCACGACCCGACCACGCUCAGUGCACUCCGACCUCCGCACGUGCAUAUCUAAUCCUUACUUACUUACGAUAUAGUGACUACAGUGACAAUGGCAGAACAGGAAUGGGGAUAUACAGGCGCGAAUGGGCCGUCGACGUGGACAGAGAAAUUCCCAGAGGCGCGAGGCGCGCGGCAGAGCCCCGUGGACAUCGACACCUCGCUGGCGAGCAGUGGCGGCAGCGCCCCGCCCCUGGCCUGGCGGUACUCCGUCAACCACACGCGCUCCGUCCUCAAUCCAGGGUACUGCUGGAGGGUAGAUGAGAAUGGAUUCGAUUCUGAACUCCGCGGCGGCCCGCUCGGAAAUGACGUUUACAAGCUGGAGCAGUGGCAUUGCCACUGGGGCGCCAAGAACGGCGUGGGCUCGGAGCACACGGUGGACGGGCGCUCCUUCUCCGGCGAGCUGCAUCUCGUGCACUGGAACACCACCAAGUACAACAGCUUCACCGAGGCCGCUGGACAGGCUGACGGACUCGCUGUGCUUGGCGUGCUCUUGAUGGUCGGCAGAAAGCACUCGGAACUAGACAAGGUGGUGCGCCUCCUCCCCUUCAUCCGACACAAGGGCGACAAGGUGACGAUGUCGGACCCGCUGGACCCGGCGCAGCUGCUGCCGGCGCGCGCUGCCUACUGGACGUACCCCGGCUCGCUGACCACGCCACCCUGCACUGAGUGUGUCACCUGGAUCUUGUUUAAGGAGCCCGUUGAGGUCUCCGCUGAACAGUUGGCUGUGAUGCGGAAAUUACGGUGCGGCGAGGCGUCGUGCGGAGAAGAAUCUAUGGAGUUACUCCACAAUUUCAGGCCGACGCUGCCGCUGGGCAACCGCGAGCUGCGCGACUACGGCGGCAACUAGCACCGGGCUCCAAGCCGCCCCACUGUCCGCACUGACAGCUAGCGCUGCAACUCACGAGCUUCGCCUAUAGUUGCCGCGGUACCAACGGACGACCGAGGAUAUACUUAAUGUCAUUCUUUCACUCUUGGAUUAUCACGGACAAGUGCGAAAGAACAACGUCGAACGGCAGCUACUUAGUACCGCGGCGGUUGGUAGCCACCAGCAGUGCCAUGCCCGCGAGUUGCGGGAUGCACUAGAGUUCCUAGUUGCACACAAGUAUUUUAUACCGUUGUAUUAUUAUUAGUCGCCUCAGGUACUUACAGGGUGUUUUGUCCGCUCGGUGACGACGGAUUAUAUGAGCGGGUCGAAGGUUAAAACGAUAAGUGGAAAUCAUAUUAUGAACAUUCAAGUGCCUUAGGCUAUCAGUUGUAAUCUUAACAAAAUAAUUGUAAGACGUUUUAGAAUUCUCAUUUUAUGUAAGAUUGAUUUGUUUGUAAUUUGACCUUCCUUAGAAGGAAAACGCUUGGUUAGCGCAAUUAACCAUAUUCUAUAAAUUAUAUUAUUUUAUGUAUUUAGUAUAACUACCCUUACCUAAGUAAAGGGUAUAGUCAAAUGGGGUAACAAGGGAACAAAACGAUAGGGGUAAAAGGAAACAAACAAAUUAUAUGAAUGCGGCAUGUUUUCUAUCUUUGAAUCUAGAACUACCAUUGUUAUAUGUGACGUCCCACGGGAAAAGGUACCUUAUGGCGGUUGGCGCUUACGCUAUUAUUAACGCCGCUCCAAUAUUAUUGCGGCGCUAUGCGACGUAAGCGCCAGCCGCCAUAAGGUACCUUUUGCCGUGGAACGUCACAUAUUUUAUGAUGAAUCUUUCGACUAGUACUAGUAGGUACAUUAGUCCAUAGUAAAAUAUUACUGUCUGAUAGACACGUGUCCCCAAUUACCCCAGUUGACGGUACUCGCAAAGUAGGUACCUAUAGAAUAGAAUGUAUAGUAUACAUUGUAUACCGUUACCUACUUUUAUUAACGGGCGCGUAGCCAACGUGCCAAUCGGUAACACUCCGUAGCGUGUGUUAGUUAUCUCUCUCUAUCACUCUUCCCCACUAGUGCGACAGUGAUAGUUGCGUUUCGUUUGCUACGCCUACGGAGCGUUAACGAUUGCACGUUGGCUACGCAUCCUGAAUACGAGCUUUUUAUCACAUCUGCAAUGUCAAAAUCAGAUUGACUCAUAGUCUAAUAAAACAUGGUCUUCUCUUACCAGAGUGACACAAGCUUACGUCACAAUAACAUGGCUGCUAUAUAUAGCGCUAUCGCAUAUUAUCAUUUAGCGCUGUCGCAUGAUGACGUAGGCUUGUGUCAGUCAGGUGACCUAGAAAAGACGGGAAGAGAGUACCAGGCAGAGUAUAUUAUUAUACCAUGGAUUGAAUGUUAGGUACAGAGCAAAGAGAAGGUUCAGAGUCUCAUUAGAUUGAUUGGCUAUAAUUGUAGUUAUAUGGUAGCUACAAUUUUACUAGAAUUUACAAAUUUUGAUGAAGUUAUUUUUGUAAGUAUACAAAUUUGAAGUAGGUAGUUAUUUUAUAUAUGCCUACUAGUCCAUAUUUUUGAACGCUGUUAACCAUAUUUAUGUAUCAGUGCUAGCAGUAGUUUUACAAUCUUGUAAGUGAUAUAGACGUGCAUUAAUUGUUAUAUGUGUUUGUGUAGCUAUAGUAGUAGGUAUGCUAGAACCGUGCCUCGAUAUAUGUGCCGCAGUUAUGUUAACUGUGACGCUAGUAAGUUUACAUUAGACGUGCUAUUCAGAGAUGUGCUUGUAAUAAGUAAUUUACAAAAAAAAAAGAAAAAUAUAUAUGUUACACAUAA